AUGCUGCGGCGCCUCCUCGUCGCGGCCCUGGCCGCGGCGGACGACCGCCAGACGAUCAAGUACUUCGUGCACAAGUACAACGGCCUCGCGCCGUGGCUCGACUGGGGCGGGCUGCCCUGCCGCAACAGCACGCGGACCUGCGCCGGCGCGCCGCCGCGCGUCGCGUUCCUCGUCGCCGGCGCGUCGCGCGGCUUCGUCGAGCGGCCGGACGUCCACGGGUCCUACAAGCGCUUCGUCGUCGACUCCUUCGCCGCCGCGCGGGACUCGGAGGUGCUCCUCUACCUGCGCGGCGUCGGCAACGUCACGGCCGCGCAGUGGGCCGCGCUCGACGCCGCGCUCGGGCCGUCGGUCGUCGCGCGCGUGCCCGACAACGACACGGCCGCGGACCCGCCGCCCCUGGCGCCCGCGGCCCGGGACUGCGUCGCGGGCACGGGCUUCGCGCGCGACGACUACCGGCGGCGCGCGCACGCGUGGUGGUCGUCCAUGGCCGCGGGCCACGCGCUCGUCGCCGGCCGCGAGCGCGCCACCAACAAGCGCUUCGACGCCGUCGUCUUCAGCCGGCCCGACGUGCUCUACGACUUCCCCUUCGGGCCCCACUGCGAGUACGACGCCGGCACGUGGUACGCCGGCGGCAAGGGGGCGCCGGACAACUUCUGGAUCCUGCCGCGCGCCGCGGCGGCGAGCGUCCUGAACUCGCUCGCCUCCUUCUACGCCUGCGCCGGCCCGACGGAGCCGUGCUGCGUCCGCACGCACCGGGACGUCUCCGGCGCGACGAUGUUCUCCUGGUGGAUCACCUACUACUGGCACGUCGCCGCGCGGCGCGUCUUCCCGCUCUCGACGCGGCUCAAGGGCAGCACGACCGUCGCCGUCACGCACAACCGCGGCGCGGGCUCGCACCUCGGCUGCGGCGCGCCCAACUGCGGGACCAUGUGCCCGCGCGAUCGAAGAAGGCGGCGGCCAUAG